CCCCGCCCGGCCGCGGAGUGAAGGGGGAGAGCGGGAGGCGCAGGGCCCCGCGGGCCGGGAGGCGCGGGCCGGGGCCGAGCGGAGCCCACCCGAUCCGGGCCGGGCCGGGCCGAGCCGGCCGCCCGCCCUAGCGGCGGGUGGCGGAGCGGGUGGCUCUGCCCCAUCCUGCCGCAUCGGGAACAUGGCGGCCGCCCCCGACCUGGUGCGGCACCGCGGCUCGGCCGCAGCCGCCCGCGCCGCGGUUUGUUUUAAUGUGGAAGUGGAUCUUACAGCGUAAUGUAAAUCAAACAAGCAAAGGAAAAAAGGAUGUCCAAAGUGGUCUUCCUGGAUUUCGAUAAAGGACCAUUGCAGGAGGCCAUGGAUAUUAGUUUAUAAAUGUACUUAAUGGACAGACCAGCAAUAUGGGUGAUUUAGAGACAAAUACUGGAGUCACUGGUGCUAAAGAAGAAGAAAUCCUGUGUGAUGAUAAUUUUGUAUCUGAGGAAGAAGGUGGCAUUCCCAAACCAGAAGAGAGUGACACAUCAUUUCAGAACAACACUUUGACUCUGACUGAGGAGCUAUCAAGGGACAGAUCUGAAAAAGCCUUAAGUGGAGGCCAGGCUUCUCUAUUUAUACACACUGGUGCUCCUACUGUUUCUAGUGAAAACUUUAUGUUGUCUAGAGGAACUGCUGUUAAUGGACCAGUUUCACACUCCACCUCAACAAAGACUUCCAUUAUGAAUAAAGGCAGCGUUUCAUUAACCACUGGACAGCCUGGAGGUCAUCUCUCAGAUUCCUGCUCAACUUUGACAGUGGUUCAUGAUCUUCAGCUGCCCGCCAAGAGUACAACACAGAAAUCCAAUCAGCACCAAGUUUUAUUUUUGUUACCUGAUGUAGCACAUGCUAAGAACCUGACUCAUUCCAUUAAAAAUCUACCUACCUCUGCUUCAGUUGGUUGUGAUUCACAGAAAACAGUAGGAAAUAGUGUAGACAGCACUUUAGUAGACCAAGUAGAAGUUUGUGAAGAUGAUAAAAAUUUACUAGUAAAAGAUGAUUGUGUCGAUACAUUAACAAGCAUUUCCUCAGGUACAGGUGGCUUCAGAUCGGGAUGUGAUCCCAGCUGGGAUCCACAGAAAGAGUUUAUACAGUUUCUUAUGACUAAUGAAGAAACAAUAGAGAAGUCUCCCAUUCACUGUAAGGUAGGGCUAGAAAAGAAGCGAAAAAGGAAAAUGGAUGUUAGUAAAAUAACACGCUAUACCGAAGACUGUUUUGAUGAUACCAGUUGUAUUCCUAGUAAAUCAAAACUAUUAAAUGUUGAAUUCUUAGAGCAGAAUGAGGAGCUACAAAUAGUAGAACCACAGAAAUAUUCUUUGAGUAAAGUAAAGCCUGAAUCUACAGAUGAAGAGCUGGAAACUGUUGAUGGUAUCCAGCAGCUCAUUUAUAGUCCCACUAGUAACUGUGCAGAAGAUACUUCUCCUGUUCACACUAGCACUUUUCUAUCCAAUACUUUGAAAAACAAAUGUGAAGAGAAUGAUUCUGAACCACCAUCUACUUUCAGUACUGAUGAACCAUCAUUUUAUCCCUGUACAAAGUGCAAUGUGAAUUUUAGAGAGAAGAAACAUCUGCAUAGGCAUAUGAUGUACCAUUUAGAUGGGAACAGUCAUUUCCGACACCUCAAUGUCCCCAGGCCCUAUGCCUGUAGGGAAUGCGGAAGGACAUUUCGAGAUCGUAAUUCACUUCUUAAACAUAUGAUAAUUCACCAGGAAAGAAGGCAGAAAUUGAUGGAAGAAAUCCGUGAGCUGAAAGAACUUCAGGAUGAGGGUAGGAGUGCACGGUUACAAUGCCCGCAGUGUGUAUUUGGUACCAAUUGUCCCAAAACGUUUGUGCAGCAUGCAAAGACCCAUGAAAAAGAUAAAAGAUAUUACUGUUGUGAGGAAUGCAAUUUCAUGGCUGUGACAGAAAAUGAACUGGAGUGCCAUCGAGGGAUCGCUCAUGGAGCAGUAGUCAAAUGUUCAAUUAUUGGUAGCGACUUGUCCCAGAGAAAAAGUCAGAAAAAGGCAUCCUUGAAAGAUCCUUAUUUAGGAUCCUCAAGAAAGUCAUCGACAUAUAUGUGUAAGCUGUGUCCGUUUGCUACUUCAGCUAGAAGCAUUUUAAAAAAACACAUGGCAUAUUUGCAUUCAGCAUCAUGCCUUGAUCCCUUUGGUAGCCAUCUUAGACUAGAUAAAAGAAAAGGCAGUUUAAUAGAAGAAUCUUUAGAUUUCCGUAGCAGGACAAAACAGUUGAUCAAACAUUCUUCUACUUUUCCAAAGAACUCUGCUUUAAAACAGGAUGUAAAAAGAUCAUUUGGCUCUACUUCACAAUCCAGUAACUUCGCAAAACUUCACAAGAGACCCUACAGGAUACAGAAGGCUCGGAAAAGCGUUUCACAGUCAUCUAAACUAAACUCUGCUGAAAAAAAAGACAGCUAUGAAACGGAGGAUGAAAGUUCAUGGGAUAAUGUUGAACUAUGUGAUUACACUACACAGUCUGUGGAGGAUGAAUCUUACAGUGAUAUUAAUCAGGAGCAUGUAAACCUAUUCCCCAUAUUCAAAGGUAAAAUGGAAGAUAAUGAAGCUGGUGAUAAAUCUUCACUUGGUUAUGAGCAGAAUGAUGGCUUUUAUUUUGAGUAUUACGAAGAUGCUGAGGGUAGUAACUUCUUGCAUGACUUGCAUGAUCCUCAGAAUUUAGAAAAUGUAGGAUCAGCAUUGCCAAAGCAUAAUUCAGUUUUCCACUGGACUGAUUUGUCGCUUGAAAAGAAAUCAUGCCCAUACUGUCCAGCAACCUUUGAAACAGGUGUUGGCUUGUCCAAUCAUGUCAGAGGACAUCUUCACAGAGCUGGACUAAGCUAUGAAGCCCGUCAUGUUGUUUCACCAGAACAGAUAGCAACAAGUGACAAAAUGCAGCAUUUUAAAAGAGCUGGAACAGGGACUCCAGUUAAACGUGUUAGAAAAGCGAUUGAGAAAUCUGAAACUUCCUCUGAGCAUACAUGUCAGCUCUGUGGUGGCUGGUUCGAUACUAAAAUUGGAUUGUCUAAUCAUGUGCGAGGACACCUGAAAAGGCUUGGCAAAACCAAGUGGGACGCACACAAGUCUCCCAUCUGUGUUCUGAAUGAAAUGAUGCAAAAUGAAGAGAAGUAUGAAAAAAUCCUAAAGGCUUUGAACAGUCGCCGUAUUAUUCCCAGACCAUUUGUUGCUCAGAAAUUUGCAUCAAAUGAUGACUUUUUAUCUCAGAAUGUUAUACCUCUUGAAGCAUACCAUAAUGGCUUAAAGACUGAAGAUAUAUCUGUGUCUGCAUCGGAGGAAGAAGGGCUGAGUUUCCUAAAUGAAUGUGAUGAAACAAAAGCAGUACUACAUGAUGAAAAAAGAAAUCAGUCACUUACACUGAUAGAACUCCUGAAAAACAAGAGGUUAGGAGAAGAAAGGAAUCCUGAUAUUUCCCCUCAAAAGAUUCAUAAUCAAACCGCAAGAAAGAGGUUUGUUCAGAAAUGUGUUCUUCCAUUAAAUGAAGACAGUCCAUUGAUGUAUCAGCCACAAAAAAUGGACUUGACUAUGCAGUCAGGUAUGCCUGUGAAGCUUAGAACGUGUGUGCAUUGCAAUACGACGUUUACAAGUGCUGUUAGCCUGUCCAACCACUUACGCGCUUAUGCACGAAAGAAGAGUGCUGGACUUUUGACUGGGACAGAGACCUGUAGCUUGCUUGGCUGUAGGCAGUUUCUGAGUUUACUUGGAUUAUUGCUGAGAUUAAUGGGACUUCACAUGGUCAACAGCAAAUUGAGGAGCAGAGAUGCAAUAUAAUGAGGAAAAUUUGGAGAUAUGAAGCCUGAAAUAUUCUGUAAUUAAGAAGGGCAACCAUCAGUUUUCUGUGUCAAUAAACACAGACUUUUACAUAAUGCACAUGGAAAAUGCGUAAUCCUUUUUUGAUCUGCAAAUGUAAUUCAUUAUGCGAAGAAUGACAAACUGAGUAGCAGGCUUUCUCUGUAGAAGGCUAAAGUAAUGUGUUUGUAAUACAGGCCUGUGGCUGCCAGGUCUUCUGUUGCUUUACAUUAGUGCUACAACAAAGAAGAUUUGGAAGGAAGUCAGCAGAUGUAGUAAUACCUAACAUGUAGGAAAAUAUGCCUUUAGUCAGUGAUUCUGAAAAUUUUCGUAUUUAUUCAGUAGAAAGGUGAUGGUAGUGAACUUCAUUUACCACUGCUGUGAUUUGAUAUUAUCCCUGUGGUAAGUUCCUUUUCUUAUAUACCUACUGAGGAAAUAUUUUUCAAUAGCUAUAUAUUUAAAUUGCACAUUAAUAACUUAACAGGAAAUAAAUGAAGGAGGCACUGGCAGAUACGAUAGUACAGAGAUUGCAUCCUAGACAAGCACUUUGUACCUAGCUCCCCUCUUACUAAGUGGGAAAAGUAAAGGAAGCUGGUUUAGGUACUUUCAGGGAUUUUUGUUUGUUUUCUGUAAGAAACGUAUUUUGCUAGUGAGGUAGUUGCAUAGUCAUCAGAACAGGUGUCACUUUUCUUAAAGGAAUGGAAAGAAAACUCAUGAGUCUUCUAUCAUUGGACCUAGAAGUUGGUUUUGAAUUAGGUUGGAAACAAAAUGGGGUUAGAAACAAAGUUUAAAUAAAAGGUUAGAAACAAAAGUUGGGGGGAAAAAAAAUCUUUUGCUCUCAGAAGCUGGAGCUAAGCCAGAUAAAUAACUUUCACCAUGGGUAAAGGCCCGUCACUGAAACCAUUGACUUAAGGAGUCAAUGUUGCGUUCUAGCUGUAACAUUAUGCCAAUGUAUAUUUGUAGCAACUUUGUCAUUACUGUGCUGCAACUCUGUGAAGGUUGUAAACUUUGCUCAUUGACUUGUCACUCAAGCAAGCUUAAUGCAAGGCUUGUACACCAAAAAAUAUGCUUUUAAACAGUUGUUCUAUUUGAUAUUCCACUUUGUAAUAUAAGUUUUGUGAAGAGAAUUAUUUUAAUGCAAGAUCUCACUAGUACACACUAGUUUUAAGGUACACACAGGUACACUCUUGUUAUGAGUGUUGCUCUUGAGUAGAUCUCAGGUUUUCCUUAUUAAAAGAUGGUUGUGGUUGACAGCAAUUUUGAGAUGUCUUCAGUUGGGCCUCAGCCGCAGCUAAACCUUCGAUGGUCUUCAGCCAUUGUAUGGAGACAAUGAGGACAUGUUUAUACACGUUGCUUCUCAUUUAGCCUUUCUUAUAUCUUCUAAAGCAAACAUAACUACCCAAAAUAAAACAUAUCAGUUGAAUAAUUAUCUCAGUUUCUUGCUGUAAUAAAAUAAUAGUGUCUGAACAUGAAUGCUGUAAUUCUUUUAUCUGGCAGUUGUUAUGGGACCUGUCUAGGCACUACUAUUUAUUAGGAAAAAUAACAUGAGAAAUAUGAGAUCCCUGCAUGCCAACAAAGUGACACCUUUCCAAGCAUUACAUUAGCUUAUGUACUAGUCUCAGAUUUUCCGUUUGUCUGCACGUGUUUUUGAUAUUGACUGUUAUCAUAUUGCUCUUCUAGCAGACAUCCUGCUUCUUCAGUCAGUAAUGUCAUCAUAUUUAGUUAAAUCUUAGCCUGUUUUUCUUUUCAAGUGCAACUUGACAGUUUUAAUAGUAUAAUAGACAUAGUUAAGCAUAACGGUAGCUUUGGAGAAUAGACUCAAGAAAAACAUCCUAGAAGUGAAAGUUCCUAGGUUGUUGGCUGUUUGAGGUUAAUCUUUAUUAAACUUUAUUGGUGCCUAUACUAAUGCGUUAUAGAUCCACUGUAGAGCAAGUACUCGUGUCUUCAGAUGUCUGGCUGGAACUUUUUUUGUUAUUAUUCCACUUUGUUAUUAGUCCACUUUUUAACAACUUAAUCGCUCAUCUUGAUUAGAUGUUAAUUUCCUUUUAUACCUGUUUUUAGAUGUUAAUUUCCUUUUAUACCUGUUUUGAUGUAUAGCAACACAUUGGUGUUUCUCAGAGCAGAUGGUCAAUUUGCUUCUUUCUUCUGAGUAUCUUUAGAGCAUUGACCAAACCAACACAAAAUCUUCAAAAUGCAUCUCACUCUUCUUCGUGUAGUUGUAUAUUCAGCUUCCUUUCUUUUUUUCUCUCUGGGCUUCUCUUGCUUCCUCCUGCCCUGGCUCUCCCCAAGUCUCUUGAUUCUUUCUUACACCCUGUCUUUUUACAUCUUCUCUUUGUUGACCCUUUUCACACACUUAGUCUCUUCUUACUGGCUUUCAUCUUCUGGGAAUCACCACUUUCUUCUUUGGCCUCUGCUUCUGUAGAUGGAGACUGCUUUGUCAGAAGUUUGGGAGGGAACAGUAAAGUACAGAGCAAGGAGUCUGGCCUUCAAGCCAACAGUGUGGCUGUGGUAGUGGUUCAUGAGGGCCACUAUGUGUUCAAAUAAUUUCAAAUGUUGUUUUGUCAAACUUGUAGCUCUGGGACGGUUGCGGUGGAAGCAUAUCAAACAUGCAGGAAUCUGAGAUCCUCUGGCUUUGUAUGUCAUUGUUCUGUGCUGUUACAGUCAUAACAAAUCAGCUGGCAUGAUGAGCUCAUUUUCAGCAUCUUACAAAAUCCUACAGAGAGCAAAUGAUAGGAGGGCUUUAUUCAAUGUACUUCACUGCGCAGUAGUGAUGAGGAGAGAUAGUAAGUGAUUGAAUUUGAAAAAAUUAUUGACUAAAUGUACAAGAAAGUUCAUUAUUUUUUACUUGACAGUGUUUUCAAAUGGUUAAUUAGUUCCAUUUCUAUGUCCAAUUAUUCAACUUGUUUUAGCUUAUGUACACUUUGACAAAAGUAAUGAAGUCCAAAUAAAAGACCCAGCUUCAGUUUUCCUGAAAUAAGAAGCAUUUCAUGUUGGGGGAGAUCAGGAAGCAGAGCAUUUUAAUUUGGAACUGCAGACCACAAGUCAUGGCAUGAAAGGGCAUCUAAUUGUGACCUGUCUAAUUCACAUAGGCAUGCUCAUUGAAACCUCUAUGUCCAUCUGCUUGUAGUCCUUCUUGAUAAGUCAUCACAGAGGUUUUUGUAUGCAGUGUUUUUACCUAGCAUAUAUUUUUUGAAGUAGUGUGCUCUGAAGUUGUACAUAAGUAUCUCAAGCAGAAUCCUCCGAAGUUUGAUAGUCUUUUGUUUUAAAUGGGUUGUUUCUCAUCAUGUUGUAUCAGCAGUUUGAGGAUGUUGUGUGACUGGUUGUUUACAAGAAGUUUUUCAGUUAUCAACUAGGAAACACCAGGUGGCCAAACUUGAAAGAAAGAGAGUUCUUCCAAAAAGAAGUGGGUCUUUAUGGAGAAUGAGGAAUGAUAGUUUGGAAGCUGUUAUAACUACAAAGUAGCUGUUAAUGAUCAGUAGUUCCUACCUCUCUCUAGCAAUUUGCUGCAGUUUCCAUGCAGCUUCCUGGAGCUAAACUAACCUUGGUCUCUUCCCAGACAUGAUAAAAGACUUUUUGAGGAGGUCAUGUUUUGUUACAGUAAAGGCAUAGAAAAAGCAGGAACUGAGUUUUGGUCAGAACAUGGCUGCUUUAUGGGGAGGCAGUGGCUGAGGCAAUUGUGUGAUUUAGUUGAUGUUUGCAACCACUUGUAAGCAUUCUAUCAACAGAGUACUCAAGUGUGUGCAUGUGACUUUAUUUAAACUUGUUCUCUGGAUAGACAAAAUGAAAUUAAUGUGAUGGUUACUGGUACGCAUGCCUCAUAACUGCUGUUUGAAUUGUAGUUUUCAAUGAGCUUUACUCAGAUAUUCCUCCUUCUUCACUCACUUUCCAUCUUCACUGGAGUAACUUCAAAACAUACUGGUGCGGUUUUGAGCUCCCUAAAAUGUGAAAGAAUAUGUUCAUUAUCUCAGAACACAAAGGGAACAAAAAAAUUACCCUUGCAGAACACCUGCAAAUACCCUUGCAGGAUUUGUGUUCUUAGUGUUUUCUGUCUUUUAUAACAGCUUAACAGCUUCUUGCUUGGGCAAAUCUACUUUCAAAUUUAGCUAAGCUGCUCUGAGAAUUCGUAGUGUAAUCUGAGUCCUUUUUUGUGGUCUUUUACUGUGGUAUUUUCUUCUCUUUGUUUUAUAAUUUCCUUAUGUGGUGCCUCCAUCAUAAAUGGCUGAGAGAACAUGCCCUUCCUUUUGUUUUCCUUGUUUUCUCACUGUUCAUGGAAAAGGUACCUUUCGAGGAAGUACAAACUACCUUUCCUGGUUAAUUAUGGCAAUUUCUGUCAGUGUUGCUGUUGUUUGAUUGCACAGUAGUUCAGAGGGGUUUUUUUCUCAGAAAAUUAUACACACACACACACACACAAACCCAUUAGGUGUCAGCAGUCUGUUGCAGAAGACCAAUCCAGGUCUUAUAGGAAAGCGAAGGCUCUCUGAAAUGCUCCAGAUGCGUGUGAGUAGAAUCAAAUUUUUUCAUGAGAAUUAAUGUCUUUGCCAACGUCAAGGAAAUCAGCAAGUUCUUGUUCCAAAUGCAGGUUGGCCUCUCUAGCAGGAGUCUGUUGUCACUACUGCUUCUUUUUUUUUCCACUCAUAUAAAAUUACAUCAACUGACUUGUCAUCAGAUGCAACUCACGGGCACGUUUGCAUUCGGGUAUUACUGACUUCUGUUUCCCUUCUUCCCACGAUGUUCCACAAAUGGAAAAGGCAAAGCUUUUGCUGUAGUAAGUGCUGCAGAUAAGUUGCGCCUCAUACAAACAGUUCUCUUCAAAGCAUGGGUGUCUGGGUUCCAGUACUUUAUCUGCUUACAUUGCUGCUGGUGUUACUGAAGUUGCGGUAUGUAAAACACUUAUAUAUGUGGUAGUUCCUACCUGAUACGAUAGUUAGCUUUUUUUCUUCCUAAUUAAAUGAAGAAUAUGUUUCUUGUGAGAGAAUGAAGUAUUAAGGACCCCUUGAUGCUUUUCCAGAAGCAUCUUGACCAUUUCUCUCUCUCUCCCCCCUUCCACCUUGCAUUACUGCUUUUUUAUCCAGACUGGUUUUGUUGUUGCUGUCAGAAAAAAAUGCUGUUAAGCGUCAUUUUCCUAAUGUUGAUCUGAAGAAGUCUCUCUAGGUUGGUGUCUGCUUUCCAGUUAUGAUAUUGGUCCUCCUUCAAACCUCAGAAAUUCAUUCUAAAUUUUAGAUAGGUAGGAAUCUUUAAGUCCUGGGAUAGAACUGGAAAACAUCUGGUAUUUCUACCAAGUUGAAAGUUGGGGUACAAGAUAAAAGCUUGAGAUAUGUUCAUUUCGAGGGCAUGAUUAAAAUUAAGGAUACAAUCAAGACUGUGUGUUCUUUAAAUCAACAUGUUUUACCUCACCAGACAAUGUCUCAUGCUUCAGAAUGCUAAGAGGUUAAUUCUCCUGUUUCAUAUUCUAGGAGUCAAAACUUUAGCCAAAUGUAACAAUUUUUUUUUCCAUUUUACUGUUAAGAUGCUUCAGUAGCAUAGCAUUAUGCCUUCUUGGUAAGAAUACCACCUGGUACUGUCUGGUUUCUGUGGAGUUUUUGUUCAAGUGGUAUAACUGGUUGUUUGCAAAAGUUUUUGUGUUGGAGUUAUAUUGUUGGUGUCUUGUGUUUUGGAAUAGAGUGUAGCUAGAUACACUUCUCAGUUCAAACAGUCACAAACUUCUUGAGCUUUAUCAGCUGUUUGUAUCAUAACAAUAUUAAUUCAGUUUAAUCCACUCAUCCCCCACUUUGACUGCUUCUUAGAAUCUCCAGGUUUUGUUUCCGAUUCCCAUUACAUUUGUUUAUGGGAGAUACAGACCUCAGAGCUGUCUGAACUCCUUUGCUAUAUGUUUCCUGUUCACACACGUUAAUUUCAUACACAGUUUCAAAUGCUUAGACUGAAUUUGAAAAGUGGUCUUGCCAUCCUUGUUGGUUGUCCUAAUACCAGCUCCCACUGCCAAGGACUAAUAAAUACAUGGUUUCUGUAAGCUUCAUUAGAAUUCAGACAGGAGUGAAGGGGAAGCUUCAUUUGAAACUCUUAGAACAAAAGGACAAUUUUUUGCUUGUGUUGAAAACAAAUGGCAGGUGUUUUAUUCAAACUAGAAAUUCCUGAUUGUACUAGCUGAAAGAUACAACUUCAUAAAAUUGUAACUUGGUUGAACAUGAAUGGUCUUAUGAUGGUACUUGAACUACAAAACAAGUUCUGAGAUUUUGACAGGGUUAUGUGCAUGAAAGGGAAUUUCCAGUGGUGCUUUGCUUAUGUAUAAUUCUGCAAUAGGUUUGUAGGUGCUUGCUGAUACUAAAACAACAGUUUAAUGCUGAAUGACAAUUAUCUAGUCUUUCAAAGAGCAAGCACAAUGCUAACCUAAAAAACCCAGCUUCAUGUGUUCUACCAGCAUAUUUUUUAGAAUAUGCUAUAAUUGUUUUGUAUUUACGUUACAAUUAAAUACAGAUAAACAAGGAGGUAGAUGUCUUUUCAUUAUUGCUAUAGGGAAUACUUGCUGAAUAUCUCUGUUUGACUAACACUCAUUGA